CGUCCUCGUCUCGCAUUGCAUUGUGGGAUCGCUCUCCGUGUUUGCCUCGGUUGAUCAAGAUGGCCGCGAAUAUUUUGUGGAGGGGUUGGAGUUGAAUACACGCCGCACUCAGACUGAUUGUGAUGUUGAGAGACCAGAUUCAUUCGUCCGCAUCAGAACAUCUUCAGAAGAUUGCUUCCUGACCACCUUUUGGUCUCUUUGAGUUCAGGGCCUCAGAAGAGUGUGAUAUUGCAAACUUUAAGCAAGUCUAAUGAAGCGAGCGGCUGCAAAGCAUUUAAUUGAGCGCUACUACCACCAGUUAACAGAGGGCUGUGGAAAUGAGGCCUGCACGAAUGAGGCUUGUGGCUCUUCUCCGGGUUUCCAGCGCAUGGAUAACAAUGCAGCGGCCAUCAAGGCCCUGGAGUUAUAUAAAAAUAAUGCCAAACUGUGUGAUCCUCAUCCCUCUAAGAAAGGAGCCAGUUCAGCCUUCCCAGAGAACAGUGCCAAAGGAGCUCACAAUUUCUCUGCUUGCAGCAACGGGAAGAUGAACCAUAAGGACCUACAACCCACAAGGGAGGACUUUAGAGAUCUGAAUUACUUGACAGAGGAGAAGGUGUAUGAAAUCCUGAGCCUCUGCAGUGAGACCGAGGACUAUUCUCCUCUAAUCCGUGUCAUUGGUAGGGUUUUCUCAAGCGCGGAGAGUCUAGUCCAGAGUUUCAACAAGGCCAAACAACACACAAAGGAAGAGCUCAAGUCCCUUCAGGCCAAGGAUGAGGACAAAGAUGAAGAUGAGAAAGAAACGGCCUCUGGUUCAUCCACAGCCAUGGAGGUGGAACCUGAAGCCUCUGCGUCAAGCGCAGACGGCCCUUCUCACGGAGAAAACAAUGUUCAAAUGUUGGGUCCUGUAGAAGUUUCUGUAGACAUUGAUGCUGUAAGAAGAGUGUACGACAGACUAUUAUCGAACGAAAAGAUUGAAGCAGCAUUCCUCAAUGCGUUAGUCUACCUGUCGCCCAAUGUAGAGUGUGACCUCACCUACCACAACGUGUAUGCUGCCGACCCUAAUUACCUGAACGUCUUCAUCAUCGUCAUGGAGAACAGUAACCUCCACAGUCCAGAAUACUUAGAAAUCGCCCUGCCGCAAUUCUGCAAGGCAAUGAGCAAGCUACCUCUUCCAGCUCUGGCCAAGCUUGCGCGGUUGUGGUCGCAAUACGGUGCAGACCAGAUCCGACGUCUGGUCGAGACUUUCCAGCAGCUUAUUACCUACACGGUUAUCAGCAAUGAGUUCAGUAGCGAAAACCUGGUCAAUGAGGAUGAUGGUGUGGUGGCAGCAACUAAGUGCUUGAAAAUCGUCUACUAUGCAAAUGUGCUGGGCGGCGACCUAGACAUGGAUCAUAACGAGGAGGAAGACGAUGAACCGAUCCCGGAGUCCAGUGAGCUGACCCUGCAGGAGCUGCUCGGGGAGGAACGACGCAACAAGAAAGGACCUCGGGUGGAUCCGCUGGAGACGGAACUGGGCAUUCGUGCCUCGGACUGUCGAAAACCCCUCAUCCCCUUCGAAGAGUUCGUCAAUGAACCGCUCAAUGAUGUGCUGGAAAUGGACAAAGAUUACACCUUCUUCAAGGUGGAGACCGAAAGCAAGUUCUCCUUUAUGACCUGCCCGUUCAUUCUUAACCCUGUGACUAAGAAUCUAGGCUUGUACUACGACAACCGGAUCCGGAUGUACAGCGAGCGCAGGAUUACUGCCCUCUACAGUUUGGUGCAGGGACAACAACUGAACCCUUACCUGCGACUCAAAGUACGCAGAGAUCACGUCAUAGAUGAUGCACUUGUCAGGUUGGAGAUGAUAGCCAUGGAAAACCCAGCAGACCUGAAGAAACAGCUAUAUGUGGAGUUUGAGGGAGAGCAAGGAGUGGAUGAAGGAGGAGUAUCCAAAGAGUUCUUUCAACUGGUCGUAGAGGAGAUCUUUAACCGAGAUAUAGGCAUGUUUACCUAUGAUGAAAGCACAAAACUUUUCUGGUUCAACUCUUCAUCGUUUGAAAAUGAAGGCCAGUUCACCUUGAUAGGCAUUGUCCUGGGCCUAGCGAUCUACAAUAACUGCAUUCUCGAUGUGCACUUCCCCAUGGUGGUUUACAGAAAACUAAUGGGAAAGAAAGGAACGUUUAGAGACCUUGCUGACUCUCUUCCGGUUCUUUAUCAGAGUCUGAAGGACCUGUUGGAGUAUGAAGGUAAUGUGGAAGAAGACAUGAUGAUUACUUUCCAGAUCUCACAAACAGACCUGUUUGGAAACCCACUAAUGUAUGAUUUAAAGGAAGGGGGAGAUAAAAUCCCAGUUACCAAUGAGAACAGAAAGGAAUUUGUGGCACUCUAUGCAGAGUACAUGCUGAACAAAAGUGUGGAGAAACAGUUCAAGGCCUUCAGAAGAGGAUUCCACAUGGUCACUAAUGAAUCUCCACUGAAGUAUCUGUUUCGACCGGAGGAAAUUGAGCUGCUUAUAUGUGGUAGCAGGAAUCUUGACUUUCAAGCACUUGAAGAUAGUACAGAAUAUGAUGGUGGAUACAACAAAGACUCUCACAUUAUUAGGGAUUUCUGGGAGACUGUGCACUCAUUUGGGCAGGAGCAGAAGAGGCUGUUUCUUCAAUUCACCACUGGCACAGAUAGAGCUCCAGUUGGAGGUUUAGGCAAACUCAAGAUGAUUAUUGCCAAAAAUGGCCCUGACUCAGACAGGUUACCCACUUCUCAUACUUGCUUCAACGUGCUGCUCCUCCCUGAAUACUCCACCAAGGAGAAACUUAAAGAGAGACUCCUUAAAGCCAUCACUUACGCCAAAGGCUUCGGCAUGCUCUGAGCCACCGGGAUCCACAAAAGAACUCACUCGUCCUCAGAGGUCUCAUUUGUGUGUCAAAGGAGAAUUCAGCUACAUCAACAACUAAAAGUAAAUAUCAAGUUUAAAUGUAAGGCAAGAUGAAAUGGGGUAAAAUGGGAAAGUUCUGGUGACCGUGUGCCUAUGCCUAAACAGUAGAUUAAACCACACUGGACUCUUGGCUCUCUCUGUCCCUCUUAUGUAAGUGUUAAGGUUCCCUUUUUGUAUGCACUGAGAUAUAGCAUUAUUUAUUUUAAGGGGAUGAAAUCUCUUGUCAUGUCUGCCAGGAAGUCCACUCACUUUUUGCUUUUGUAGUCAUGAAAAGGAGAGACGGUUAGAAGUUUUCAACACCUGCAGGACUGAUCACCAUCUUCACUUAAUAAGAUCAAAAGGAGAAAGUGGAACUUUAUUGAUGUGUUAUGGCUGAACUGUGAAAGUGCACUUAACUCAAUAUUCAGAAUGUCUCUUGGUGUUUUUUUUGUUUUGUUUUUUUUUUAUGGUGGGGUUGGAGGUGUCCCCUUUGACAUUUUUUUGGCUUGUGUUUCAUAGGUCUUCCCUAGUCCAUUUGCAUUUGCAGCAAUGCUUUCAAAGGUACAGAGCAGCUCCAGUCACAAUUUCAUGUACAGGAAUCUGUAUUUAUUGAAGAAGUGCGUUGUUUGUAAUGCUGCUUGGCAAGUUGUGCUGCUCUUUUAUGGCCAGUGUUCUGCAUUUCGCUUCAGAGCCUGCUCUUUCUCUCUUACACAGAAUUGAUCUGUUUGUUAAAAUCAGUCCAUUUUCAUGGUGCACUGCUGACAAAAACAAGUAGUGUUACAAAAAAAGAGAUCUAACCUUCCCAUAAACCUCUCUCGAAGGCUUCCUACAAGUGUUUUCUUUUGUUAUCUGUCUUGUUUUAAUUCAAGAUGGCAGACUUUUAGUCAGUGAAUGCUAAUUGACAGUGCCCCAUGAAGAAACUGUUUCUGUUUUAGUAGCUUUUUUUUCUUCUUCUUGUGAUCCGUACAGUGUCUGGCCCUAUAAUGAAAAUGAUGGAAAAAUUGGCACAGAUUGUACCACUAUCUUGUCGUGCCAAACGUAUAUGCUGAGAAUCGCCGCUCCGGUUUGUCCAGGCAUAGCUGGAAACCCACUUUAGUGAUGCCCUCUACAUUUUUUAGUUUUUCCUUUUUCCCCUCUUGCUUAUUAAAUGUGACUGUGGUUUGUUCCACUGCUGAUGGCGCUAACAUAAAAGGGGGAAACAGAACUUGAUAUUGAGAAUGACAUCAUUUGAUUGUUUCAAGUUAUUCUUAAAUAAAUUCAAAACUGAAAAACAAA